AUCAGAAAGUGGAAAAGAAGAGUCAGACCUGAUGCGGUCCUGACUGCGUGUUGACAGAUGGUGAACAAGUGGCCAGUUCAUAUCGUGUUGUCCAAGAUAAGGUUGGGCAGAUAAAUCGGGGUCCAGUAUGGAUAAAUGCGAUUGCCCGCUAAACUCCUUUUGGGGCCUGGCGGCCCUGGCUUGCCCCUUUAUAAAAGCUACCCCGCAAAGCACGGGCCCUUGUCCAUAGCUCCUGCAGAAGGCAUCCACCCGCUGAUGACGACACCCACAACGCCUGCCUGGACCCCGAAUAUCAUCACGAUCUCCAGCUCGAAACUCCAACUUUUUACAGCAUCCUGAAAUCAUCCCACUUUUGCAUCGCCAUAUCAGUUUCACCCGCUCCAACAUCUCCCCCCGUACGCAAGGCCAUCGAUCACAUCAACUGAAACAAGAUGUCGCGCCUCAGCAGAGAAAGUAUCCUGCAAGGCAUGGCCGAUGCCCUGCCUACCCAUGCCAAAGACGACGAGUCCUCGGACCUGGCAAGCUCAUACGAGGCCAUCGCUCUGCUUGUCCAUGCGUAUCUCGCCGCCAUCGGCUUCAGACUGCAAGGAUUUGACGAAGACAAGAAGAUCCCGGAAGCAGAAUCGCUCGCGCCCCGACUCCCCCCAUCAUGGAACACCGGCUUUGGCUCGCUCGGUUUCGUCUACCAGCACAAGCAAUCAGCCAUGAGCUUCGCCUUUCGCAUCGAUCGCAUGGGCGGUAAGGUCGAGGUGCGCGGCCUCGCCGUGGGUGACGACAACAUCCAUCGCUUCGAAAAGACAGUCCGCGACGUCGUCACAUCAAAUGCCCUGCCUGUACGGAUAACGAUGAACGAAAAUGGCGAAGAAGAUAGGAGCGACCUGGUAGACAAGCUGAGCAAGGUGUUCACGUCCGAAGAAGCUGUCAACUCCAUCCUCCACGACCUCAAGGUCAACAUCGUCCAAAAACUUAUCCCCAAGCUCCAAUCAGAAGGCUAUAUUGAGGAAGCCGAGACCGAAGCCAACGCCAACGCAGAACGACGCAACAUGCAAGACUACCCCGGCCGAGGGGGACGCCCACCGCAACCCUACGAUCCGACACGACCCUUCCCAGGUUUCAAUCCAGAGCCCGACCUCGCGCGCCCCCGUGCGCCGCAGGGUGACAUGCCCAUGCCGGGCUUUGACGAUGAGCACGAGAUAUUGCGCGACCCCCGUGCCGCUGGUUUCCCUGGCCGCACACCAUAUAACAUUGGGCAUGAUGACCUGAACCCACCUGGCCUAGGUCCCCACGAUCCUCUCCGUCCCUCGUUCGGCGGUGGUGGUUUUGGUGGUUUGCCUCGGCCAGGAGGCGGCGCGGGUAUGCAUCCUACCUUUGACGACCCCCUCUUCACAGGUCAGGGGAGUGCGCAUCCAGGAGGGCCUGGUCAAGGCUAUGACCCCCAGGCACCGCCAGGCGCACGGUGGGAUCCUCUAGGUCCCGGCGGUAAUCCUAGAUUCCCAGGCCCAGGCCGGGGACAAGGCGGGAACUUUGGGGGCUUUGGGCCAGGUGGUGGUGACAUCAUCUAGGGCUUGUAUGAUAAGAGAUCUUGGGACGUGGGACCAGAAUGACUGUAUGAGCUAAUGAAACGACAUUUAUGAAACGGGACGUGGGCUCCCAACGAUGAGCACGCGGAGACGCUAGGAUAUUUCGUCCUUUUGGGGCAUAAUGACAGUAAUAUUGAGCCUCCAGCUAAUGCUAACCAUGAUAUCAUCGCAGUCCCAUGAGCAUGAGCAUUUCCCCCCCCCCUCUCAUCCUGGCCCUUGAGCCUUGC